AUGAACGGCCGCCCGCCGAGGCUGCUCGAGCUCUUCUCGGGCACGGGCUCCGUGGGGCGGGCCUUCCGGGCCCUGGGCUGGGAGGUGACCAGCCUUGACCUCGACCCGAAGGCCGGGGCCAGCAUCACCGCGGACGUCUGCGAGUGGGACGCCUCCCCGUACCCGCCGGGGCACUUCGACUUCGUUUGGGCCUCGCCGGUCUGCACGGAGUUCAGCCGCGCCAUGACCCGAAGGCCCCGCGACCUGGAGGCGGGAGACCGCCUGGUGCUGAGGACCCUGGAGCUCAUCGGCCAGCUGCGGCCGCGGCACUGGGCGAUCGAGAACCCCGCGACCGGGCUGCUCAAGACACGGGAGUACAUGCAGGGGCUGCCCUUCGUGGACGUCACCUACUGCUCCUACGGCUUCGGCUACCGCAAGCCCACCAGGAUCUGGACCUACCUCCCGUGGACGCCCAGCAAGGGCAGCCGCUGCGCCGCGUUCCGGGGCACGGCCGAGGCCGCGCAGCGGGGCUCCAGGGUGGGCCCCGACGGCAAGCGCGACGCCGCCAAGCAAACCCAGAAGACCCUCUACUCCAUGCCCCCCUCCCUCUGCCUGGAAAUCGCCGAAAGGGCCACGGACCUUUUGCCCGCGCCGAACGAGCCUCAGUCUCCGUCCUCGUCCCUGGAGGUAGGCGCGGACCUCCCGCGCCGCCUCCGCGCAGAAGGGCCCCGCGCACCAGGCCGGCUCGCCGUUCCGGAGCCGCUUCCGCCGCAGCACCCCGGCCGGGUUCAGCCGCAGCACCAGACCCGGCAGCCCCACGUCCACAGCGAUGACGGCCAGCCGCGCGUCCUCGUCCGCGCAGCGCGCCACCUCGCGGCGGCAGUGGCCCUCCUCGUCCACCUCCAGCUGCACGAAGCGGUCGGCCAAGCGGAAGAGCUGGUCAGGGCGCUUCAGGCUGCAGCCCCCGGGCACCGGGCAGUCCCACACGACCGUUUCGGCGCCCUGGAGGGCCGCGCCGAGCUGCCGCUGGACCUCCGCCAGGACCAGAUGCUCCCGCUUCACCCGCAGCGCGAGCCGCGCUGGCUCGAGCGCCGCGAGGCAGCCCCAGCAGAGGCGGGCGCCGUCCUCGGCCCUGUAGUGGCCGGGCGGCGCCUCGCCGAGGUGGACGUCGGCGCGGCUGCAGCGCGGGCCGCCGCCGUGCUGCAGGCAGCGCGGGCCGGGGUGCUGCGCCAGCAGCCGGCAGCCCGGCUCGGCGCAGAGCCGCCCGCCGCCGUGCGCCUUGCAGCGGUCGAAGCCGGGCUGCGCGGAGCUGCGGCAGCCGGCGUGGGCGCAGCGCACGCCGCCGCCGUGGCGGAUGCACCAGCGCCCCGGGGCUGCGCCUGCUUGGGGCAGGGCGCGCCGUCCUCGCCCACGAAGGCGCAGCGGGCCGGCUUCGCGCCGCCGCGGGGUGCGGCAGAAGCGGCUGCCCUGCUGCGCGCCCAGCCGAAGCCGCGCGGGCCGCCGCCGAGGCCGCACUUGCCGCCGCACGGCAGCAGGUGCUGGCAGCGCGGGCCGCCGCCGUGCCGCGCGCAGCGCCGGGGCAGGGCGUCCACGCCGCCCUUGGCCCUGGUGCCGCAGGCCAAGCCCUCUGGCGAGACGUAG